ACCCUCUCUCCACUCCCUCGGACCUCCACCGUUAGCCGCCCCCAACUCAAAUUACUAAAAGCACCUUCUCACAAAAAAAGAAAAAAAAAAAAAAAAAUGCAAAACCCCGUGUUAUUACUAUAUAGACUCCCAGUUUUACCCUCCGCCCCAACGCCGCAGUCCCUCUCAGCCAUUAUUAGAAGAGCCAGCAGCCAAGGAAGGGGACCAAGAAACGGAGAUUGGAGUGGGAGUUGGGUGAGGGCAAUGCCUUGCUCCUCUUUCGGCGAUUCCGGCGCUGCUGACGACAAUGGCCGUCUGCGUAAUUUCAAGCUGACCGAGUCUACCUUCCUCGCCUCCCUCAUGCCCAAGAAAGAGAUUGCCGCCGAUCGCUUUAUCGAGGCCCACCCGGACUACGACGGCCGCGGCGUCCUCAUUGCCAUCUUCGAUUCUGGCGUUGACCCGGCUGCGGCUGGCUUGCAAGUUACAUCGGAUGGGAAGCCGAAAAUCCUAGAUGUCCUUGAUUGCACCGGGAGUGGUGAUGUCGAUACCUCAAAGGUGGUGAAAGCCGAUGUGGAUGGUUGUAUUCGUGGAGCUUCAGGGACCACUCUGGUUGUCAAUUCUUCAUGGAAAAAUCCUUCUGGUGAAUGGCAUGUGGGUUGUAAGUUGGUGUAUGAGCUAUUUACGAACACCUUGACCUCUCGAUUGAAGAAAGAAAGAAAGAAAAAGUGGGAUGAAAAGAACCAGGAAGAAAUUGCUAAAGCUGUUAAGCAUCUUGAUGAAUUCAACCAGAAACACACUAAAGUGGAGGAUGCAAACCUUAAAAAGGCUCGUGAAGACCUCCAAAAGAGAAUUGAUAUUUUACGAAAGCAAGCCGAAAGCUUUGAUGACAAGGGGCCCGUGAUCGAUGCUAUUGUGUGGCAUGAUGGAGAAGUAUGGAGGGUUGCUAUUGACACACAGAGUCUUGAGGAUGAUUCGGAUUCUGGGAAACUUGCUGACUUUAUGCCCCUAACUAACUAUAGGAUUGAACGGAAGUUUGGUGUGUUUAGCAAGUUAGAUGCCUGCACAUUUGUUGUUAAUGUGUAUGAUGAAGGGAAAAUCUUAAGUAUUGUUACGGAUAGCUCCCCUCAUGGCACUCACGUUGCCGGUAUUGCCACUGCUUUCCACCCAAAGGAGUCUGUGUUGAAUGGUGUUGCACCUGGAGCACAGUUAAUAUCUUGUAAAAUUGGAGAUUCACGAUUGGGUUCAAUGGAGACAGGGACUGGCUUGACUCGAGCUUUGAUAGCUGCAGUGGAGCAUAAGUGUGAUCUCAUCAACAUGAGUUAUGGAGAACCUACAUUAUUGCCAGAUUAUGGUCGAUUUGUUGACCUUGUUAAUGAAGUGGUGAAUAAGCAUCGGCUGAUAUUUGUCAGCAGUGCUGGCAAUAGUGGGCCAGCAUUGAGCACUGUCGGUGCACCUGGUGGUACCACUUCAAGCAUUAUAGGAGUUGGUGCUUAUGUCUCUCCUGCAAUGGCUUCUGCAGCUCAUUGUGUAGUUGAACCUCCCAGCGAAGGGCUUGAAUACACAUGGUCUAGUCGGGGACCAACGGCUGAUGGAGAUCUUGGUGUUUGUGUAAGUGCACCUGGUGGGGCGGUAGCUCCUGUUCCUACAUGGACUCUUCAACGACGAAUGCUUAUGAAUGGAACGUCAAUGUCGUCUCCAUCUGCCUGUGGGGGAAUUGCAUUACUCUUAAGUUCGAUGAAGGCUGAGGGCAUUCCUGUGAGCCCCUAUAGUGUAAGAAAGGCUCUUGAGAAUACAGCUAUUCCUGUAGGUAGUUUGCCUGAAGAUAAAUUAACCACUGGACAAGGGCUUAUGCAAGUUGACAAGGCACACGAAUAUAUACAGAAGUCCCGGGAUCUUCCAAAUGUAUGGUAUCAAGUAAAAAUUAAUCAAUCUGGAAAAUCAACUCCUACAACUCGAGGCAUCUACCUUAGGGAAGCCAGUGCUUGCCGGCAAUCCACCGAGUGGUCAGUGCAAGUUCAGCCGAAAUUUCACGAAGAUGCCAGUAAUUUAGAAGAAUUGGUUCCUUUUGAGGAGUGUAUUGAGUUACAUUCUAGUGAAAAGGCAGUUGUGAGGGCUCCUGAAUAUCUCCUUCUUACUUACAAUGGGCGUAGCUUCAAUAUAGUUGUAGAUCCUACCCAUCUCAGCGAAGGUCUGCACUACUUUGAACUCUUUGGAGUUGAUUGCAAAGCACCAUGGCGUGGCCCUCUGUUCAGAAUCCCAAUUACUAUUACAAAGGCUAUGGCUGUAGUGAAUCGGCCACCUGUGGUUUCAUUUUCAAGGAUGCCAUUUCAACCAGGCCACAUAGAGAGGAGAUAUAUAGAAGUGCCACAUGGUGCUAGUUGGGUUGAAGCAACGAUACAAACAUCAGGAUUUGAUACGACCCGAAGAUUCUUUGUAGAUGCUGUUCAGAUUUGUCCUUUGCAAAGGCCUAAAAAGUGGGAGAGUGUUGUAACAUUUUCUUCUCCUGCUACCAAAAGCUUUGCCUUCCCCGUUGUGGGUGGUCGGACAAUGGAAUUAACUAUAGCUCAGUUUUGGUCAAGUGGCAUAGGAAGUCAUGGAACCACCGUUGUUGAAUUUGAGGUUGUGUUUCAUGGGAUUAACAUCAAUAAAGAGGAAGUAGUACUUGAUGGAAGUGAAGCACCUACUAGAAUUGAUGCUGAAGCUCUACUGGCAUCUGAGAAACUUGCACCUGUUGCUCUUCUAAACAAGGUAAGAACCUCAUAUCGUCCUUUUGAGUCUAAACUUAGUGCUCUUGCAACAGAUCGUGACAAACUACCCUCAGGCAAACAGACUCUAUCAUUGACAUUAGUUUACAAGUUCAAAUUGGAAGAUGCAGCUGAAGUAAAACCUCAAAUACCAUUACUUAACAACCGCAUAUAUGACACUAAAUUUGAGUCUCAAUUUUAUAUGAUCUCUGACACAAACAAGCGUGUAUAUGCAAUGGGUGAUGCCUAUCCAAAUUCUUCAAAACUUCCUAAGGGUGAAUUUAAUCUUCAACUAUAUCUAAGGCAUGACAAUGUGCAGUAUUUGGAAAAAUUGAAGCAAUUGGUAUUGUUCAUUGAGAGAAACUUGGAAGAGAAGGAUGUCAUUCGAUUGAGCUUUUUCUCUCAACCAGAUGGCCCCGUCAUUGGAAAUGGUAGCUUUAAAUCCUCAACUUUAGUUCCGGGAAAAAACGAAGCUAUUUAUUUGGGGCCUCCAUCCAAAGACAAGCUCCCCAAGAAUUCCCCACAAGGAUCUGUAUUGCUGGGAGCAAUCUCAUAUGGAAAGCUAUCAUUUGCUGGUCAAGAAGUGGGGAAAAAUCCCCAAAAGAAUCCUGCAUCAUAUCAGCUUUCUUAUAUACUGCCACCAAAUAAGCUUGAUGAAGACAAGGGAAAAAGUUCAUCCUCAACUUGCUCCAAGACUGUUUUUGAACGUUUAGAGGAAGAGGUUCGAGAUGCAAAGAUUAAAGUUCUUUCAAGCCUAAAGCAAGACAGUGAUCAUGAACAAUCGGAAUGGAAAAAGUUAUCUUCCUCUCUUAAGUCUGAAUAUCCGAAGUACACUCCCUUGCUUGCAAAGAUUUUGGAAGCUUUGCUUUCUCGGAGUAAUGUCAAGGACGAAAUAUGCCAUGAUGAAGAGGUUAUUGAUGCUGCAAAUGACGUGAUUGAUAGUAUUGAUAAAGACGAGUUGGCAAAAUUUUUCUCGCUCAAAAGUGACCCCGAAGAUGAGGAGGCAGAGAAAAUCAAGAAGAAGAUGGAGAUAACCCGCGAUCAAUUAGCAGAUGCACUGUACCAAAAAGGAUUGGCGCUACUAGAUAUCGAAUCCCUGGAGGGUGAGAAGGCAUCAGAUUUGGCUUCAUCUGAUGCAAAAGAUGUGGACAAGACUAGUGAUAUUCGGCCAGAUGUGUUUGAAGAGAACUUCAAAGAAUUGAAGAGAUGGGUUGACGUGAAGUCCUCUAAAUAUGGCACCCUCCUAGUGCUACAUGAGAGACGUAGUGGAAGGCUUGGAACAGCAUUGAAGGUAUUGAAUGACAUAAUCCAAGAAGAUGGGGAUCCUCCAAAGAAGAAGCUCUACGACCUAAAGAUCUCUCUGCUUGAUGAAAUUGGAUGGAGUCAUUUGGCAACAUAUGAGAGGCAGUGGAUGUUUGUGCGCUUUCCCGCAAGCUUGCCACUUUUUUAAAGAAUGCUUCAUUUCGGAUCAGGUGUCUGAUUCCAAUGAUUUGACUUCUUUACGCGUAGACGUUCUUAUCAUAACAUAAUAAAAUGACCAUUCUCUGUAGUACUGUUUGAUAUCAUGAGCAGGCCAUGAUAACUCACAUAUAAAAGUCAUAAUCUGUGUAAACAUUAAUGUUUGGAUAUCAAAACGAUUGCUGAAAAAAGAAAGUCAGUCGCGUGUUAGUCUUUUA